AUGAAUACACCUUCUGCAUCACCUAAUAGCUAUCCUUGUACAUAUUUGUCUGUUGAAACGGUGACUAUUACAAAUUUGGGUGUUGACGUACUUGAUUGUAGUCAAACUGAUGAUGAUGAUAUUGACAAUUCCAUCGUUUGUAGAACUUCUCUACAAAAUGAAUCAACUCCUGAUGUAGCAGAUUUUGAUAAGCACAAACGUGAUCCAAUCUCAGAAGAUGAAAUGGCUACUCCAAAACUAAGAAAAUGUUGGUCUUCUUCGAGAAUCGGUUGA